GGACUAGUUAUUCGCGUGGACUGUCAUACCUCUCGUAGGUAUCUCAUCAGCGAGCUUCCAUUUUACGUAUAGAACAAAUGUAUGUAACAUACCGGUGAUGUCGCUGAUGGAAUGUCCACCAUUCUUAGACCCUUCUGGCCGCCUUUUCCUCGCUUCCUUCUGCGUGUAUCAGUCCCUGACAGAGCCACUGAAGUACAUAUGCAUGCAACAUUAUGGCAUACUAAUCUCAACCAUUCUGUCCAUGUCUAUGAUAGACGACGCUGUAUCCCCUAGUGCGACACUCGUUCGAUCUCGUCAUGUGUCACACAAUCGCAUCUCGUCAGGUGGGAACCAUAGCGAAUCCCAACAGGAUCAAAAUCAAUCAGAACCUUGGUGCAAACCGCCAAAAAAUGCUUUCUGGCGUUUAUGGUUCAAGGCGUUGUGUAUGAUCGCUGUAUCGAAGCCAUCACUGGAACACUGGGAUGACCUCAUACAUGAUCGGAAAAAGGAUGAAUGGGAAGAACACAAGAAAAUGGUGAUAGAUCGAUUAGGAAACAUGAAUGUCACGGCGGGUCUGGUUUUGACGACAAGUGCUGUUUUCAUAUCCACUAAUCCUCCAUUUCAACCUCUUAUGCCCUACGCAAGCCAUGGGUCGUAUAUCCUUCAAGUUGCAGCGUUUGUGGCUGCUCUAAUCAGUUUGAUGACUGGUACUUCUGUCCUCAUCAUCUAUGACACUUGCUAUGCGGGUAACGAUAUGAAAGAUUUAUUGAAAUCGUUGAAACGAAAUCGUCGGCGUCUCGUAUGCUGCCUUUUACUGAUGGCAUAUCCUUCCAUGGCUCUGGCAGUUUCAACACUGGCUUUGAUGACAGCCGUCUUCAUAGCCGGGUUCACAUCUGACAAACUCUUCGUGCAAAUCCUGACUGCGUUUACCUAUGUGACACUGAUCCUCCUGGCCUUACUCGCAUUAUAUGUGUUCAGUUCUCCUUGGAGAGAUAAAGACGUCACAAACCGGGACAACCAGCCAAGUUCUGAACCGAAGGACGUCCGCGAUAGCGGGAUUUCCCAAAGCAAUCCUCAGUCAAAGGAGCUAACGGAAGUCGUGUAGAGGGGAGGAUUGUGCCAUUACCUGGUCGUAUGGAGGGAAUUAUUGCUGUCCAUGUCUGACCGUUAUGUUGUUCGUGUGCUUUUGAAUCAGUGUUUUGCGUUGUUUGCACCCCAGAUGAGAGAGAAAUUGAACUGCGCACUC